UAUGUUGUCACAGGAUACGCUGGCGAUAGUAUUGUAAAAAUUCUACACGAUCAAAAAGUAACUGGAAGAGUCCAUAUCACUCCUGAACACGUUCCUUUCAUUAUUUAUCAACUUCUGAGGGUUUUGAAAUACAUACAUUCUGCAAAUAUAAUUCACAGGGACCUUAAGCCAGGUAAUCUGGCCUUGACAUGUGAUAGUGACCUUACCGUGUUGGAUUUCGGCAUGGCACGUUCCCUGGAACGAACUGAUACUUCACUCACGCAAUAUGUUAUGACUAGAUGGUAUCGUAGCCCUGAAGUAAUUUACUGGAAUAUUGACGGCUACAACGAGCAAGUUGAUGUCUGGUCAGUUGGCUGCAUAACGGCUGAAUUGAUGUUAGGGAAACCGCUAUUUCCUGGUGAAGAUACAAAUGCACAAUAUGAAAUGAUAACAGAGUUAUGCGGCAGUCCUGACGAUGAUCUAAUGAGAAAGAUAGAGGCUAAUAGUCCGGCUACGCGGCGUGUCGUCGAAUCGUAUCGACAUCAUGAGCGUCAAGAUUUCGCCAAGCGUUUUAUUGGAUGUCCUCGUUUGUUCGUGGAUUUUCUUGACAAAAUUUUGGUGCUGGAUCCUGAAAAGAGGCUUACCGUUGAACAGGCUUUGGCACAUCCUUAUUUUGCUGAUUAUGUGGAUGCUUCCGACGAACCCACCGCCACAUCCUCGUUCGACUUGAAUGAUAAUCCAAGUAGGACGCGAGAUGAGUGGAAAGGGAUUAUCUGGCAAGAAAUCCAGAAUUUUGUUGGUGACGAGUGUUCUCCGGAAAUUCCCUCGUAUACAGAGUACUGA